AUUAUUACAAAAUAGAUUUACACAACUCCUUAAGUCUUAAGUCCUAACCUUCAACAUCAUCUAGAAGGUCCGAGAAUUAGAGCCGGAUCUGAAAUACCUGACCCGCAAACUCAAAUGACCAAAGCCUUAUUCACUGAAAGUGACGGCGUCGCUCUACCACUUUCCGAGAGAGAAACUUAACCGUCGUCGACUCUACAGUACAGAGAAGAAGAAGAAGAAGAAACUCUAAAAAACCAAAACUCAGAAAAUGAACCAAACGAGACGUAAGAGACGACCUGAUCCAUCACUCUCAAGACUCGAAUCCCUCUCGCCGGAAAUGCUCUUCCCGGCCAAAUCUCCGGCGCUAACUUAUACACGAAUCAGAAACAUCUUCUUGUUACUCAUCUUCUGUUUCAUCAUCUACAUCAUCUUCUCCUACGGAACCUUCCGCCGCGAGAAGAUUUCAUCUAUCGCUAGAUCCUUGACCGUGUUCCCAACUCGACGCCGUCACUUACUCUUCUCGAUCGCCGCUUCUCACGACUCUUGGCUCCGUCGUAGCUCCUACGUUCGUCUCUGGUAUACUCCUGAGUCUACACGCGCUGUCGUGUUUCUCGAUCGCGGUGGAUUCGAGCCCGAUCUAACUCUCCCUCCUGUGGUUGUCUCUAAAGACGUUUCUAGGUUUCCUUAUAACUUCCCUGGUGGUCUCCGAUCAGCGAUUCGUGUGGCUCGUGUCGUUAAGGAGAUUGUGGAUCGAGGAGAUAAAGAUGUGCGGUGGUUUGUGUUCGGCGACGAUGAUACUGUGUUCUUUGUAGAUAAUUUGGUGAAGGUUUUGUCAAAGUAUGAUCACCGGAAAUGGUAUUACGUCGGGAGUAAUUCGGAGUUUUAUGAUCAGAACGUUAGGUAUUCGUUUGAUAUGGCGUUUGGUGGAGGAGGAUUCGCAAUUAGUGCUUCGCUUGCCAAGGUUUUGGCUAAGGUUUUGGAUUCUUGUUUGAUGAGGUAUUCGCAUAUGUAUGGAAGUGACUCUAGGAUCUUCUCUUGCUUGGCUGAGCUUGGUGUUACGUUAACUCAUGAACCUGGAUUUCAUCAGGUCGAUGUAAGAGGGAACAUAUUUGGUCUGCUAUGUGCACACCCUUUAUCUCCAUUGGUAUCCCUUCAUCACUUGGAUGCAGUUGAUCCGUUCUUUCCAAAAAUGAACCGGACAGAAUCUGUGGCUCGUCUUAUCGGGGCUUCAGGUUUAGAUACUGGGAGGAUUUUGCAGCAGAGUGUGUGUUAUGAUUCUUUGAACACAGUGACUGUUUCGGUUGUGUGGGGUUACGCGAUUCAAGUUUAUGAAGGUAAUAAACUUCUCCCGGAACUUCUCACCCUGCAAAAGACGUUUUCUACAUGGAGGAGAGGGUCAGGGGUUCAAAGCAAUUAUAUGUUCAGUACAAGAGAUUAUCCCAGGGAUCCAUGCGGGAGACCCCUCGUCUUUUUCUUGGACAGUGUAGGAUCAGAUGGGAAUGAGGGAACAUGGAGUAAUUAUUAUCUCCAUAGAGUCGGAAAUUGCCACAGAGCAGAAGCUGUUAAGCGUCUAGAACGCAUCAGAGUUCUAUCUCGUAAGCUAGAACUUGGUGCUGAACAGAUGGGUUCUCCUCGCCGCCAAUGUUGUGACAUCUCCUCGUCUUAUAACAAAUCGAUGGUCAUUAAUAUAAGGCAAUGCAUGCCAGAUGAGCUAAUUGCCAUGAACACUUAACAAUGUUGUGUUGGCAAUUCUCUUCAAGAAUCAGCUAAAAAGCCAGAGCAAGGUCUACGGUUAUUCUGCUCGAAACUAGUGGUGGACUCCGAGGUAAGCUUGUUGAUGCGACACAGUGUGUAAGAGAACUCUGCUUUAAUGCUCAAUAGGUGGGUUAGCUUUAUCUUCCUGACCAACUUCGGAAAAAGUGACUCAUACAAGACUGAGUUUGACCACCCUGAGACUCGCACGAUUCUGCAUUUAACACCAUAGCUCGUUUCUUUGUCUCUCUUUUUGUAACAAGUGGAAGGAGAAGAAGAAAAUAUAGAUCCUUCUUAUGUAUAUGGUUAGUCUCAUUCUCUAUCCAAAGUUUUGACUUUUGAGUUUGAAGUUAUGUGAGUUUUCUCGAUUGCACCUUUUUGUUUUGUUUUGCACAAUUGUAGUAUCAGUUUGUUCACUAAUUUUGGAAGCUUUUUAUUUUC